GAGCCUCCACCUCCAUCCGAGCGCCGGGUGAAGGUGCAUGUCUCCGACAUCCAGGGCCCCUUGCGCACGAUCUCGGCGGACACUACCUGGCUGAUCCUCGACGUCAAGAAGCAGCUGGAGCGCAGCGAAAAGGUGGCGCGCCAAAGACAGCGGCUUCUCUGGAAGGACCGGGACGCUGAUGACCUGGAGCCCGUUUGCGACCUCAUAGCCGGAGCCGAACGCUUGGACUUGGUGCUUGUGGUCUGCAUGGACAAGCAUUUCAAACUCGACCUCUUCGUUGGUGCCUUCCGGAGCAACUGGCGGACCUUGCAGUUCGCCUCUUCCUCCUUGCGUGCGAACCCCAAGAUCGUCAAGAUGGCGCUACACCAAGACUGGCAUGCCUUAGCCUUCGCGUCUCCUGAGCUCCGCGCAGACUUUUCACUGGCAAGGCUGGCAGUUCGCACGGAUGGUCUGGCGCUACAAGUGUUACCCGCGCGAAUGCAAAACGACCGGCCGCUGGUGCUCACGGCCGUGCAGCAGAACUGGCGCGCACUGCAGUAUGCAUCCAUCCGCCUCAGGGGCGACCGGGAUGUUGUGCUGGAGGCCGUGAAGCAGGACACCGGCGCCUUGGAGUUCGCUUCACAGAGGCUCCGUGGAGACCGCACCGUGGUCCUCCUUGCCGUGCGCAUCAGCGGCGCGGCCCUCCGCUUCGCCUCGCCAAAGUUGCAGGCAGACCUGGAGGUGGUCAUCGAAGCCCUUCAGCAGGACAGCAAGGCCAUCACCUACACAGCGCCUGAGAUCCGCACAGAUCCCAAGCUCCACGCCGCUGUGCGCGGCAACUCAGAGGUGCUUCGAUUCCUGGGCUACGACAAUCGGGAGCGGAAGAACACGGAGCAAGAGUUGUUCGACAUGCACAUGGGUAUUUUCAAGUGCCCUUACGAUGACGAGACGAUUGCUGCUGCCCUUCGGGGUGAACGUUUUAGGUAA